AUGAGCGUGCGGAAAAGUGAUCUUAUAAAUUGGUACCUCAAGGAGAUGGAAAGUGAGAUUGAAAGACAGACUGAAUUGGUUUUGAAGAAGAUGCUGAUUGAAAAGCAGGUUAUUAAUAGUCAUAGUUUUCAGCCAUUUGAAUAUGGAGAGAUCCAAUUGAUUAUACAGUGCGACGGGUGGACCGAUCCGGGCGGGCCUGCUCCUACACACUCUAACCCUACACCCUUGGAUCAUAUUCUGAUAGAGAUGACUAAGUCUGGAUUGAAGAUACUAAAGGCUGGAGCAGAGGAUGAUGUCACUGAAGAAGAUGAUCCCUUCAUGGUAGUUAAUCCAAACUAUGUUCUAGAAGAUUAGUGCAUGUUGCAGUUUGAAAAUACAUUACCAGAUGAUUAGCUCUUGAAGCGUGCAUUUCAAUUAAAAUGUAUAUAUGAUGAAACUAAUUAUAUUAAGUACCUAUUAAUAUUGCAGUGGUAUAUCCAUUAGUAUUGA